UACUUAUAUGUUGUUUAUCAGAGACACCUGCAAACGUCGUGCCGAGAAUCAUUCAAGAGGUAUCAACUACAGAAACGAGUGAUGGAUAUACAGCAAGAAUACCAUGUGUAGCUCAUGGUAAAGUUCCAAUCUCAUAUAACUGGUUCAGAAAUGUCGGAGGUCAGUUGACAUUGGUAGAUGUCCAAAAAGGUUUAGAAAUAACUGACGGGACACUUGUCAUUCUCAAAGCAACGUUACUUGAUAGUGGUAAAUAUAUUUGUGUUGCCAAUAACAGCUUAGGCGAAGAUAGAGUUGAGAGGACUCUUGUUGUACGCGGAUCUCUAAAGGUAACAAUUGAAAGCACAAGGAGAAUUGUUAGAUCAGGUGAAGACAUCGUACUUAACUGUAAUGUGAGCGGAAGCCCUAUCAUUUCCGUAUCCUGGUUGAAAGACCAACACCAUUUAGUCAGUGACCACAGAAUAAGGUUAUCUACUGCCACGACUUUACACAUUGCUGCUUUCCAGAGAAAAGACAGUGGAAUUUAUCAAUGUUAUGUGGAAAACGAUUGGGAAAGUGCCCAAGCGGCUAUCCAGUUGGAUUUACAAGAGCAGCCCCCUUCUUUCAUUCGAGUAUUCCCAGAUCAAAGACACAGAGAUGGCCAGUUUGUAUCAUUGCAGUGUGAAGCUAUAGGAUCACCAAUCCCUCAAAUCGACUGGACUUUGGAUGGUGAAAAUCUUCCGGAAUCAAGAAGAGUUCAAUUCGGAGAUUUUGUUCGAAGAGACGGUUCCAUCAUCAGCUAUGUCAAUCUGACUGAACUGAGCACUGUAGAAGGUGGAUUGUAUGGAUGUAUUGCUCACAAUGACGUAGGAACUGUAAGUCAUUCAGCCAGGAUUGAAGUGUUUGGACCACCUUUUAUUCGUCCUUUGAAGAAUGUGACAGCUGUAGCUGGACAGAUUGUCAAACUCCGUUGUUCCGUAUCAGGAUAUCCCAUUGAUCUUGUUUACGUAGAAAAAGAUGGUCGGAGAUUACCGAUCGGGGAUCGACAGGCUCAGGAGCAAAGAGGACUAAUAACAUUACACAACGUUCGAAAAGACGAUGAAGGAGUUUAUAAAUGUGUUGCACUUAAUAACAGAGGAGAAAAGGCAGAACGGAGUUUCGUAUUGCAGGUUGUAACUGCUCCCGUAAUAAGCCCGUUUUUAUUUACCGAUAAACUGGAGGAGGGCAUGAGAAAUUCUGCAGUGUGCAGCAUAUUGGCAGGAGAUUCGCCAAUUCGUAUCACUUGGUUUAAAGAUGGAAUUCCAAUUCGGGAUGCCUACCCAGAUAUUCAAGUUGUUUCUAUUACGGAUUUCGUGUCUUCACUGAUCAUCAAUACAGUGAAAAGGCAUCAUACAGGCAACUAUACUUGCGUAGCUUCCAAUGCGGCAACUUCCGUCAACUACACAGCAAGAAUGGUUGUUAGAGCCUCUCCAAAAUGGACAAUUAAGCCCACAGACCAAUCUGCUUUAGCUGGAAUGCCAGUCACUUUUGAUUGUCAAGCUGAUGGUGAACCUAAACCUGUAGUUAGAUGGAAAUAUUCUCCAGAUGGAGAAAGGAAAGAAUAUCAUAGCGUACUCAGCAGUUCACGGAUUUAUGUUCUCGAAAACGGUUCUUUAACGAUCACAGCUGCAGAAAAGACUGAUAUUGGAUAUUACAUGUGUGAGACUAGUAAUGACGUAGGAGAACCUUUGAGAGAAGAUGUACAGUUAACCGUUCACUCUGCUCCACAAAUACAAAGUUCAACUCAAGUUGUACAAGUAAAGAAAUCCGAAAGAGCAACAUUGUCUUGCUCUGCUUCUGGAGAUCCUCCUCUAACAAUAAGUUGGGAUAAAGUAGGAUUUCCUUUAGCAUUAUAUCAAAUAAAACGCUAUACAAUAGAAGAAACUGAAAGAGCAGAUAUCAAAACUUCCUUAGUUACAAUAUCACAUGCAGAAAGAGAGGAUACAAACACCUACACUUGUUUAGCAUCAAAUCCUUACGGUAUUCAGAAGACAAAAGUCAGACUUAUUGUUCAAGAAACUCCGGAUCCUCCCGAAGACGUACGUGUUAUUGAAGUCACUAGUACUGCAGCUAGUCUUUUAUGGUCACCUCCCUAUUCUGGUAAUUCACCAAUAACAUCUUACGUCAUCAGUUAUAAGCAGGAAAAAGAGGAAUGGCCAUCUAACCGUUCCAGAAGAGUCAUUGUAUCCAGUGCAGAUACCACAGCAACAAUAACUGGGCUGCAAUCUAUGACUAGCUAUAACAUCCACGUAUUUGCCAAGAACAGUAUUGGUCACAGUUCACCUAGCAAAACAAUCACCGUAACAACAGCUGCUGAAGCUCCAAGAAAUCCACCAGUGAAUGUCAAAGCGGUUCCUCUUGAUUCAAAAUCAGUGAGAGUAACUUGGGAGAUUCCAUUUAGAUCGGAACGAGUACAAGUUGAGGAUUUUUAUGUAGGAUACAAAGAAAGUGAAAGUACAAACCAAUAUAUAUAUAAAACCGUCCAUCUUAAAAAAGAUCAGAUGACAGCUGAGUAUACAAUUACAAAUUUAAAGAGAUCAACAAAAUAUAGUAUAGUGGUUCAAGCAUUCAAUAGCCAAGGUGCAGGACCAGCUUCUGAAGAAGUCAUAGUUCAAACGUUUUUAAUGGAUCCACCCAAAGCACCAGUCAUGCAUAUUGUUGGAAGUACAUCAAAUACAAUUAGUUUAAAAUGGGAAACAUCUGAAGAUAACAGUAAUCCAAUAAAUGGUUGGUUGGUAUACUCGAUAGAUAUCUUCGUAGAAUUUUUGUUUCUCAGACCCAAUAAUGCAUUCUUUAUGUGCUUUGUCCAAGAGGAAUGGCCAUCUAACCGUUCCAGAAGAGUCAUUGUAUCCAGUGCAGAUACCACAGCAACAAUAACUGGGCUGCAAUCUAUGACUAGCUAUAACAUCCACGUAUUUGCCAAGAACAGUAUUGGUCACAGUUCACCUAGCAAAACAAUCACCGUAACAACAGCUGCUGAAGCUCCAAGAAAUCCACCAGUGAAUGUCAAAGCGGUUCCUCUUGAUUCAAAAUCAGUGAGAGUAACUUGGGAGAUUCCAUUUAGAUCGGAACGAGUACAAGUUGAGGAUUUUUAUGUAGGAUACAAAGAAAGUGAAAGUACAAACCAAUAUAUAUAUAAAACCGUCCAUCUUAAAAAAGAUCAGAUGACAGCUGAGUAUACAAUUACAAAUUUAAAGAGAUCAACAAAAUAUAGUAUAGUGGUUCAAGCAUUCAAUAGCCAAGGUGCAGGACCAGCUUCUGAAGAAGUCAUAGUUCAAACGUUUUUAAUGGAUCCACCCAAAGCACCAGUCAUGCAUAUUGUUGGAAGUACAUCAAAUACAAUUAGUUUAAAAUGGGAAACAUCUGAAGAUAACAGUAAUCCAAUAAAUGGAUACAUUUUGAAUUACAAGGAUCAAACUAACGAGUGGAAAGAAAUUCAAUUAUCUUCAAAUCAUUAUCACUAUACGUUAGAAAAUUUACUUUGUGGAACAUCUUACCAGCUAUUACUUAUUGCAUUUAAUGAUGUAGGCAGAGGAAAUCCAAGUGAAACAUUGCAUGCUUCAACUAAAGGCAAAGCUCCUGUUUCUCCUGACGAGAAUAUUUUUCUGAAAGUAAAUGUUACUUCUGUGCAUCUUCGACUAUCAACAUGGGCAGACGACGGAUGUCCCAUCUCCCAUUUUGUCGUACGAUAUAAGCCAAGAGGCCACAGGGAAUGGAUUUUGGUGUCUAACCAUAUCUUACCUGAGCAGGACGUUGUGAUGAUUGCAGACCUGAGUCCUGGGACUUGGCAUGAUCUGCUAAUCACCGCUCACAAUGAUGCAGGAUCUACUGAAGAAGAAUAUAGUUUCGCAACUUUAACUUUACAAGGAGAUGGAGAAAGGAAAGAAUAUCAUAGCGUACUCAGCAGUUCACGGAUUUAUGUUCUCGAAAACGGUUCUUUAACGAUCACAGCUGCAGAAAAGACUGAUAUUGGAUAUUACAUGUGUGAGACUAGUAAUGACGUAGGAGAACCUUUGAGAGAAGAUGUACAGUUAACCGUUCACUCUGCUCCACAAAUACAAAGUUCAACUCAAGUUGUACAAGUAAAGAAAUCCGAAAGAGCAACAUUGUCUUGCUCUGCUUCUGGAGAUCCUCCUCUAACAAUAAGUUGGGAUAAAGUAGGAUUUCCUUUAGCAUUAUAUCAAAUAAAACGCUAUACAAUAGAAGAAACUGAAAGAGCAGAUAUCAAAACUUCCUUAGUUACAAUAUCACAUGCAGAAAGAGAGGAUACAAACACCUACACUUGUUUAGCAUCAAAUCCUUACGGUAUUCAGAAGACAAAAGUCAGACUUAUUGUUCAAGAAACUCCGGAUCCUCCCGAAGACGUACGUGUUAUUGAAGUCACUAGUACUGCAGCUAGUCUUUUAUGGUCACCUCCCUAUUCUGGUAAUUCACCAAUAACAUCUUACGUCAUCAGUUAUAAGCAGGAAAAAGAGGAAUGGCCAUCUAACCGUUCCAGAAGAGUCAUUGUAUCCAGUGCAGAUACCACAGCAACAAUAACUGGGCUGCAAUCUAUGACUAGCUAUAACAUCCACGUAUUUGCCAAGAACAGUAUUGGUCACAGUUCACCUAGCAAAACAAUCACCGUAACAACAGCUGCUGAAGCUCCAAGAAAUCCACCAGUGAAUGUCAAAGCGGUUCCUCUUGAUUCAAAAUCAGUGAGAGUAACUUGGGAGAUUCCAUUUAGAUCGGAACGAGUACAAGUUGAGGAUUUUUAUGUAGGAUACAAAGAAAGUGAAAGUACAAACCAAUAUAUAUAUAAAACCGUCCAUCUUAAAAAAGAUCAGAUGACAGCUGAGUAUACAAUUACAAAUUUAAAGAGAUCAACAAAAUAUAGUAUAGUGGUUCAAGCAUUCAAUAGCCAAGGUGCAGGACCAGCUUCUGAAGAAGUCAUAGUUCAAACGUUUUUAAUGGAUCCACCCAAAGCACCAGUCAUGCAUAUUGUUGGAAGUACAUCAAAUACAAUUAGUUUAAAAUGGGAAACAUCUGAAGAUAACAGUAAUCCAAUAAAUGGAUACAUUUUGAAUUACAAGGAUCAAACUAACGAGUGGAAAGAAAUUCAAUUAUCUUCAAAUCAUUAUCACUAUACGUUAGAAAAUUUACUUUGUGGAACAUCUUACCAGCUAUUACUUAUUGCAUUUAAUGAUGUAGGCAGAGGAAAUCCAAGUGAAACAUUGCAUGCUUCAACUAAAGGCAAAGCUCCUGUUUCUCCUGACGAGAAUAUUUUUCUGAAAGUAAAUGUUACUUCUGUGCAUCUUCGACUAUCAACAUGGGCAGACGACGGAUGUCCCAUCUCCCAUUUUGUCGUACGAUAUAAGCCAAGAGGCCACAGGGAAUGGAUUUUGGUGUCUAACCAUAUCUUACCUGAGCAGGACGUUGUGAUGAUUGCAGACCUGAGUCCUGGGACUUGGCAUGAUCUGCUAAUCACCGCUCACAAUGAUGCAGGAUCUACUGAAGAAGAAUAUAGUUUCGCAACUUUAACUUUACAAGGAGGUAAUUUUUAAACGUUUUUAUAUGCAUUUAUAAGCAACUUUACUACAUGUA